AGGAAAACCGAAACAACAACAACAACUGACAAGAACAAGUGGAAGUUCAAGUUGUCAGUUCUGAGGCUGGCUUAGCCUUGUUUAAGCUAUCUUUAUAAUUUCAGUACAUCAGGAUUUUUUCCUAACAUCAUGUCAAUUCCAAGUGCUGCGCUGGCAGCGGGAUGGAUACCAUUCGUUGUCACUUUGGUUUUGAUCCUUCUGUUUUCUGGUGCCUAUGUAAAAUAUUUCAUCAGUAAGAGAGAUGGUACUAUAUCCAGUACACUGUCAUCCGUGGUGGCACUCAGCGUUACACUACUAACCACAGCUCUGAUCCCAGUAGAUGUAUUCCUGGUCUCUUUCAUGAAAAACACAGAUGGAACAUUCAAAGACUGGGCUGUGAGCAACACAACAAGACAAUCUCUGGAGAACUCUGUAUCAGAUGCAUACUACUCCCUGUAUGGACUGAUUGUGUUCUGUCUAUUCCUUCCUAAUUUAUUCUCAGUAUUGGACAUCUUAGCAUUAUGAUUGAGUAUAGUUAUUUUGCCUUUUAUUUUUUUCCAAGAGAGGGAUGAAGAGUCAACAGUUAAAUCUAGAAUGUGUUCAGCCUUAAAGUUUACCCUUGUUUCAUUGUUCAUCAUCGUGGCUCUCUUGUUAGUUGGAGCCUUUGUGGGUGUAAAUCAUGACACACCCCCAUCAGGCAAAAACAACACAAACCAGUGGAACAGGAUUGUGGACCUCUUCAAGGAGUUUAGCAACGAAAACAAGUUGGAGGAUGCCCUGUCUUUUGUUGUGAGUGUACUCAGUCUUUUUGGGAUGCUGGCACUUAUCAUGUACUCAGCUUAUGGGAUGUCAGCCAUGCCUAUGUCUCUAAUAAAAGGAACAAAGAGUGCAAAAGAAGAGAGAUUAGAUGUUCAGAGUCAAAGGUCAAGGAUAAGCAACAGGUCAAGUGCCAUCAGGGACAAGUACUCACGUCGAGGCCUGUCUUCGCGGAAUCGGGACCGGGUGGAGAUUUUAGACGAGGAGGAGAGGUUACUAGAGAGGGAGGACAAACACCUCGAGGCCAAAGAGAAGAGUCUUCUGAGGAAAUGUCUCCUCAUUCUGAGGCCAUUCGAGGUGGUGUUUGGGGUGGCCUUUUUCUUGGUGACACUACUGAUCUUUGUGUCACUGCUAUUGACAAACAUUGACAAGGCCAUGCAUGGCCUGGGUUACAAGUCUGGCUAUGCUCUACCAAAGAGACAGCUCCCUAAUCCAGUCGACAUCAUUCUGGUCUUCUGUCAAAAGGUGUUCCCCCUGGAUUACAUCAUGUUCGCUGCUCUGGUUCUGCAUCUCGUGUUCUGCUCUAUGUCUGGAGUCAGAAACAUUGGAAUCUGGUUUCUUUGGCUCAGAAUGUACAAGAUUCGUCCACGUAGAACCCGUCCACAAGGUAUCCUGAUGAUGUGUAUGAUCAUGAUGUUUUUGACUUUGGCCAUCAACAUUAUUAUAUAUGAGUUGACACCUCAGUACUCCUCUUUUGGAAGUCAGAGAUAUGUGGAAAUCAAAGGAAAUUCCACACGAGAGAUUGUGUCCUGCACGACAGAUGCCACAGCAAGUGACUGCACCAUUACCCGGAUGACGCUGCUGUUGACCAGUUUCUUCUACAGAAUGUGGUUCUUUGGGGCCGCCUAUUACUGGGGCACCUGGAUCUUCCUAGGGUUUAUCCUGAUUGGGUUUGUUAUCUCCAUCAUUAAGAAGAGGAAGUCAUCUAUUGAGGGUGAAGUAGAGAGAGACGAUUUUGAUGACAGUGAUGAUGAUCUGUUAACCGGGUAAAUCCAUAAAUCUGCGGUUUGGUAUGAAAAGGUCCUAUUUUGGGGAAAUGACAUUCCUAGAAGAGAUGGAGCAUACUAUUGUAUUUCAAGUCUAUUCAGUGACUACUGUUAUGCAUGAAUAAUAGUGAAUGUGUAUUAUAUAGGUAUGUGUGAUAAAAUGUUUCUCAGAGAGAGAGGUGGAAAAGAGAGAGAGAGAGAGAGGAAUACUAAAGUCUUGCAUAAUUUGUUCAAUGUUUAAAAUCUUAUUUAUUAGUCCUGUUCUAUUGAAAUUGAGGUGAUGCAAUGCUUUAUCUCAUCAUGUGUUCAUUUUGUCCAAUAUUUUUUUUUAUCAAUCAAACUUUCAGAUAAUUAAGUAGAAUUCCUAAAUAUUGAAUUUUCAAUUUAUAUUGGUUGGCAUUUUUAACUCACUUUGACAUUUCCAUGGUACUUGUGUACUGUAGCUAUUGAUGUUUUAGAAAUCCAAGUUAAUUUGCAGAAUCAGACUCUUUAUAUAUACACUAUACACUGUGUUAAAAAAAGUGUUCGAGUGGGGAUGGGCAUCCCUAGCCUAUGUGUCGCUGUAAAUUGCAUAUUAUGAAUGAUCUGUGUUAUAGAAGUUAAAUUAUCUUUGAAAAGCUUGUUAAAAUUUUGUAUGCAAGGUCAUAUAUUUCUGUGAUACAUGUAUAUUUAUUUGCUGUUAAAUGUUUUUUUUUUUUUUUGUAUGUUGGUAACAUUUUGGUAUUUAAAUGUAGCAAACACUUUCAAGAACAUAAACUGAGAAAUUGUGUUA